UGCUAGUGACCCCAAUUUUUUACUUAUGUUUCGUGCUGCUUCAAGUGUUCAUUUUGGGUCUGACCACUGACGAAAUAAGAGUUCAGGUAAUCCCAUAAACUUUAAUGAAACAUCAAACAGGAAAAUUAUCAACAGAGCCUCGCUUUGUCGGACGCCCUGUACGAUGGCCCGUGGCAUUACCAAAACGAAGAGGUUAAGAAAAUGAUAUUGAUCGUUUUGACUCGAACUCAGAGGCCGUUAGAGCUGACCAUAGGCCCUUUCAAUCCUAUGACGAUGCAGUCCGCUUUGGCAGUAAGUUUUCGGCCGCUUUUCAAGCUAUCGAACAGAGAAACAAAAGAAGUAAUUAUUUCACAUUUCAGAUAUUGAAGGCGUCGUAUUCUUACGUCACUCUGAUGACCUAAAAUGCACAAUUUUAAAUAUACUAUAUAAAACUUAGUCUCAAGAUCGGACCCAACUCCCUUAAUAUCUAACUUUGAACUAUGGGAAUGAUACGAAGAAGCAUAGCACAGCUUUUCCAUGGUGCAAUUUUGUACAUUAGUGACUGACAAAUGUAUUAAGAAAUUUUAUUUCAAAGAUUGUGAAACAUUUUGUCGUACCAACUAGAUACAUUUUUUGCAACCCAGAAAAGUACAGUAACAUAAUAGUUUUUGCUUAAAAGCGUUACCUUUAAUUAUCAUCCUAAUCUUCACCAGCAAAAUUAAAAUAACCGUUAUUAUUAGCAGGGCUUUACAUGCGUCAAAGUUCUGCUGGAGAUUCGUCACGAAAAAAAGAGAGAGGUUCAUAAAAUGUCAGUCCAAAAUACGGCUGGAGUAUAACAUAUUUUUAAAAACUGAUUUUUUACAAUAAUAAAUAUUUUUUUUAUUUUGUUAUAACUAGAUUGAAAUUGUGGCACGUGCACUCCAGCUAGUCAUAAUAAGCUCUUAAAAGUACAACUCUCUUGACUCUAGGGUUGUUUUCUUGUCUUGCCUCGUUUUCGAGAGAAAAAGUAACAAUAAUGAAAAUUGACGAAACGUGUUGUUCUGAACAUUGAUUUUUUUGGGCUAUUUGAUACACAAUAAACUUAAUUUUUGCACAUAUUAUAUUGGAAACUAAGCAUUUCUAGACAUACGUUUUUAUGAACCUUCUUUUUGCUCUUGUUAGAUGAUGAUUCUCUAGCUCAGCGUUGAAGUAGUAUGGAGUAUUAAUAUCUGACAGUUCAAUCUGGACAUUAAUUCACUUGCUAAAGCUUUGACGGACACAGCAUUUUCUAUAUCGUGAGAUUAUCCAGAAUCGAUUUGUUCUUCCAUAUAUCCGAGAGACGACCAUUUGAAGGCGUCACUAAAUUUCACGACAAAUCAAAGUUUGGGGACGAACAAAAAAAACUCACUAACGUGACUGCUGUAAGGGGAACGGCGCACCUAUCAUUAUCAGAGAUUCUCCGAUACCUGCGAACGACGUCCCCUGUCAUUUCGAUAACCACAGGGCGUUUCUCCGUGGGCGGGGAAGUAGAAUAGUCGAAACCCUUUAUUACACGUUGUGCGGGCCUUUAUAAAAGACACGCUUGGUCACCGCACACACACACAUACACGCCACAAUGACAACCAUCAAGCGCAGAUCGAUUGUGUCAUUUUCCAAAUGGUUCAUGAUCUCCGUGGGAAUGUGGACGCUGGAUUUGCCCACUCGAAACAACGCCUUAUGCAAGGUUUACGCGCUCUAUUCGAUUUUCAUCUCAUUUUACUUCGCCACGUUCGUAUCUUCCAUUUGCAUCCAGUUUACGAUCACGCUGACCACACAAACCACUGACCUCGAAACGUUCAAGCAGCUGCCGUUCGUCAUAAGCCUCCUCAUCACUCACUACGUCACGGUGGUUAUCCGAAGUAGCAAGUUCACCGAGAUAAUAACCAAUGUCGUCAACGAGGAGAAUCUCAUAUCGAUCAGCGACGACGAGGAUAUUUUAAACUCACACCUGGAGGAGGUCCGUUUCAACGACGCGCUCAGCGCCAUCUUUUUUGCUUUAACAGCGUGCACUGGCUCGACGCUAAUUUUGGAGAACUUCUGGCACAACAUGGAGGUGGCGAGAUAUAACAGAGAGAAGAACGUAACUCUUGAUAGACCUAUUCUCCUUCACCUGUACUAUUUUAACGUCAACAAGAGGAAGCACGAGACUUUGGUGCUGGCGAUCACCGAGGUCGCUCUAGUGUUCAAUACCCUGAUCAUAUUUUCGACCAAAGUGAUAAUAUUCACUUGCGCAGCGUUCGCGUCUUCGGCAUUGAAAAACCUACAGAUCAGAUUCCGGAGGGUAGGUCUCCGCUGCGACGACGCUCUGACGAAUUUGAAACUUCUGAUAGUGGAACACCAAGGGGUUAUCGAAUUUGUAAAGAAUUUAAACGAGUCCAUCAGGUACUUACUUCUCUUGGAGUACCUCCUCAACUCACUGAACGUAGCAGCAGUCUCUGUUCAGUUCCUGACGUACAACCGCCAAAUGUUGCUCACACCGGCAUUCUAUUUUUGCUUUGUGCUGGUUCAGAUUUUUAUUUUGGGUCUUACCACCGAUGAAAUAAAAGUCCAGAGCGUCGCUCUGUCUGAUGCGCUCUACGAUAGUCCGUGGCACGACCAACACAAUAAGCUUAGGAGAAUACUGUUGAUUAUGAUCGCGCGAACUCAGAGGCCCCUGAGGUUAACCAUCGGACCUUUUAAUGCGAUGACCAUGGAGUCAGCUUUAGCGAUAUUGAAGGCUUCGUAUUCUUACGUCACCCUGAUGAAGCACGGCUAUCAAUAGGUGGCGAUAUAUCGAUGUUGAAUAUUUCCAGGAACCUUAUCUUUCACUCAAUAUAAUGGCCUUAAGUAAAAGGAUUAAUAUAAAUAUAUUUUUGUAUUUUAUCUAUUAUUUAAGGUUACAACGAAUAAUCACAUUCUUAAGAAGCAAAAGUGAUUCUGGUGUCACUAAUACUAUGUAAUUAAUGAAGUCACUCCAAACUUUCACCAUUCACAAAUAUGCCUACCACUACCACUUAAUAGCUUGAACGCAAAGAAACUUUAUGUUUAUGUGCCACCUAUGGCUGGUACCGUGGUAGCAGCAUUGAAACGAAUCUAAAUAUAUUCUACAAAUUACUAGUAAAUUGGGAUGUGAAGAAGCAAAAGUGAUUCUGGUGUCACUAAUAAUAUUUAAUUAACGAAGUCACUCCAAACUUUCACCAUUCACAAAUAUGUCUACCACUACCACUUAAUAGCUUGAAAGCAAAGAAACUUUAGGUUUAUGUGCCACCUAGGGCUGCUACCGUGGUAGCAGCAUUGAAACGAAUCUAAAUAUAUUCUACAAAUUGCUAGUAAAUUGGGAUGUGAAGAAGCAAAAGUGAUUCUGGUGUCACUAAUAAUAUUUAAUUAACGAAGUCACUCCAAACUUUCAC